CGUUAUCAGCUGCGGGGCCGCCGACUGGAGCGGCGCGGGACGCGAGUGCGAGCGGCAUGAGCGCUCGGCUGCGGUCCUAGCGCGAGCUGCUGCGCCCCGGGCUGGCCGGGCUUCGCGGGGUCAUGAAGCCCGACGCAGCGCGCGAGCCCGAGCCGCUGACCCCCGGCCGGGGCGCCGAGCCCGAGGGGCGCUGGCGGGAGAGGGGCGAGGCGGACACGGAGCGACAGCGCACCCGCGAGCGCCAGGAGGCCACGCUGGCGGGGCUGGCGGAGCUGGGGUACCUGCGGCAACGCCAGGAGCUGCUGGUGCGCGGCGCGCUGCGCUGCUCCGGGGCGGCGGGGACCGGGGCGCCGCGCGCCGGUGAGCUGCGGGGGGACGCGGCGCAGCGCAGCCGUCUGGAGGAGAAGUUCCUGGAGGAGAACAUCUUGCUGCUGCGCAGGCAGUUGAACUGCUUGCGGAGAAGAGAUGCCGGUUUGUUGAAUCAGUUGCACGAACUUGACAAGCAGAUAAGUGACCUGAGACUGGAUGUUGAAAAGACGUCUGAAGAGCCGCUGGAGACAGACAGCCGGCCUAGCUCAGGGUUUUAUGAGCUGAGUGAUGGGGCUUCAGGAUCCCUUUCGAAUUCCUCCAACUCCGUGUUCAGCGAAUGUUUGUCCAGCUGCCAUUCCAGCACCUGCUUUUGCAACCCCUUGGAGGCAGCUUUGACGAUCUCAGACGGUUGCCCCAAAUCUACAGAUCUCAUAGGAUGGUUGGAAUGUAAAGGCGGCCACUGUGAAGACCAGGCCUUAGGGGGAGUUUGCAGUUCCCCCUCCACACCACAAUUUAAUUCCCUUGAUGUCAUUGCAGAUGUGAACCCUAAAUACCAGUGUGAUCUUGUGUCUAAAAACGGCAAUGAUGUAUACCGAUAUCCCAGUCCCCUUCAUGCGGUGGCUGUGCAGAGCCCAAUGUUUCUCCUUUGUCUGACGGGCAACUCUCUGAGGGAAGAGGAGGGCCUUGGGAACCAUGCCAGCGACAUUGGCGUUGGAUCUGAACUGCCUGCCACCCAAACGGACAAUUCCUUGCCAUCUCCGAGCAGUUUGUGGUCGACUUCAUCCUGCAAGAAAAUGGAUGGCUACAUCCUGAGCCUGGUCCAGAAGAAGACACACCCCGUCAGGACCAAUAAACCUAGAACCAGUGUGAACGCCGACCCCACCAAGGGGCUCUUGAGGCAUGGCAGCGUGUGUGUCAGGGCCGCGGGCGCCGUCCCCCAGGGCAGUGCUGCGAACCUUAGGAAUCCGAAACCCACGUGCUUGCCCUCUGGGUAUGCAAUAGCCUCUUUGGAAAACGGGCCGUUCUCCCCGCCGAAGCAGAGGUCCAAAGACUCCCAGACCGAGCCGCUGGAAAGCAAGAGGUUGGCUCUGCCGGAGGGCGGCUCGGCAGGCGCGGCCAUGGAGUCCCAAAGCAAGCCUCUGCCCAAAACCUCCAAGGCGGCAGCCGCCCAAGAGCUCGCAAGGUGUCCACCGCCGGCGGCGGCGGCGGCGGGGCUGGGGGAAUGCCUGAAGGAAAGCAACCAGGUCUCGGCGGUUUCUCCUAAAACAAGUCCCCGCAGAGGCCCCGCCGCCCCGGGAGAGAGCAAAGCUCCGCCGCAGCCGCAGCCGCAGCCGCAGCGAAAGAUGCCGCCGCCGCCGCCCAAGAGCGGCCUGCAGGCCUUGCCCGCGGUGGACAGGCCGGCCUUGGACUUCAAAAGCGAGGGCUCGUCCCAGAGCCUCGAAGACGGGCAUCUGGUGAAAGCUCACUUCAUCCCGGGGCAGCAGGCGGGCGCCAGGCCUCACCGCGCUGCACACCGGAACCCGGGCGUCGCCAGGAGCGCCACCCUGAAGGCCCGCGGCCCCGCGGCCCCGGAGCACGGCCUGCCCGCCGCCGUGAGGGAGAAGACGCGGGCGGCGGGCAAGAAGGGCCGCUGCCCCGACGACUCGGAUACACACAGGAAACUCAGGAAGGCCUCCUCCAAGGCCAGGCGCGGCGGGACGCCCGACGCGGGCCUUCCCGGCAGGCCCCACGGCGCGGCCGGCCACCGGGCGGGCGGCCCUCGGGCGCACGCGCACGGACGGGAGCCCGUGGUGGCCAAACCGAAGCACAAGCGAACCGACUACCGGCGGUGGAAGUCGUCGGCGGUGUCGGCGGCGGCGGCGGCGACGGCGGCCGAGGUCACCUACGAGGAGGCCCUGCGGCGGGCGCGGCGGGCCCGCCGGGAGCACGCGGGCGCCUACCCGGUGGCCGUGGCGCUGCCCUACGCCAGCCCCUACGCCUACGUGGCCAGCGACUCGGAGUACUCGGCCGAGUGCGAGUCGCUCUUCCACUCCACGGUGGUGGACACGAGCGAGGACGAGCAGAGCAACUACACCACCAACUGCUUCGGCGACAGCGAGUCCAGCGUGAGCGAGGGCGAGUUCGUGGGCGAGAGCACCACCACCAGCGACUCGGAGGAGAGCGGGGGUUUGAUCUGGUCGCAGUUCGUCCAGACCCUUCCCCUGCAGGCGGUGGCCGCCCCAGACCUGCACGCCUGCCCCAGGAAAACCUUUGUCAAGAUCAAGGCUUCGCACAACCUCAAGAAGAAGAUCCUCCGCUUCCGCUCUGGCUCCCUGAAACUGAUGACGACAGUUUGAGUAGCUGAUGGAGCGAGUGUCUUACACCGCAAUCCCCCGCCUCGCCACCCCAGGUCUCUGCAAAACAGAAGAAGAAGAAAAAAAAGUGGUGUCUUAAUAUCUGUGUCCUACUUAAACGGGAUACUUACCUUUUAUUAGGAUAAGCCCAAGAUAAAUUAUGUCUCCUCCUCGUGUAUGGACGCUAGUGCCUUUAACGGAAGGUGAAGGAUGUAUCGCUAGUUAGAAGUAAAUAUUGAGGUCUUAAUGGUGGUGAUAGUGAAUGGAUUUUGAUUGUCAGCUGGGUUUUUUGUUUUGUUUUUUUGGGCGUCUAUUGUCCGAGCGUCUGGCAAAGUACAGGUUUUUGAUAUUCAGGUUUUAUUUGGAUGAGACCUUUCGUUUCCAGGGUCCGUGGUUGGAAUUUUUAAAGACAGGAACUCGCUCCUUGAUUCUUUAGGGCUGUGUCCCUGAAAGGGCUUUCCAGUUGAGGGGCAUUGCAUAAACUUGCAUAGUAUAGGUUUUAAAAAAAAGGUAAUUGCUUUUGCUAAAUCUUUUUAAUAUAGCCAACACAUCUCAGAGGUCUCCUCAUCCCGUUUUCUUCUCAGAAGUACGCUUUUUUUUU